CGCCAGUGAGAACGGGCUAAAAGCUAAAAAAACAUCGUCUGGGCCGAUUGUUGAACGUAGUAGGUCAUAGCUGCUAAAUUCGAAAAUAUGUUACAUUAGAACAAAUCAAACGGAGAGCUUUGAUCAUCGAUUCGGAUUACCAGAAAGCAUGAAAAACCGAAAAAUACGCGAUUUUGCUCAGCCGGAAGAGGAUUCGUUGGAGUCUAUCGCGAAUAGCAGCAGCGAUGGCAGUCGGGCCACUGUAACCGCAAACACAACAGUCUCCGCUACCGCAUCCGCGCCGGCGCCGCGUUCGCGUCCGCGCACCUUCCGAAUGGCCGGCCAGUCGUCUGUGGAGUCGGGAACCGGCACCGAGCAGUUGUUCCUGCAGGAGCAGCAAGAGCAGCAGGGCCAGCAGCAGCACGAGGCGGAAGUGCAUCCGAUGAAGGUCGAGGCGGAGCCACCGAUGCUCGGUAAUCCGGGCAGCAUCAUAUUCGGCGGGGCCGAACAGCUACUGAAGAAACACCAGCAGCAGCAUCCAGAUCAGCAACAACCAAUGGAUCAAGAUCAGGUAUCUGGAGCCGAGGGACAGGGCAGCGCAGCCACGGCCGGCGCUGACACAGGAGGUGGGGCCGGUACUGGCACCGGGUCUGGGGCAGGAGCCGAGGCCGACGCCGGAGGUGGGGCAGCGGUGGACACGGAGAAGAAGCGCUGUGACAAGUGCGGCAAGAAGCUCGGACUCACCGGCGGAUUCCCCUGCCGCUGCGGCGGCACCUUUUGCGCUUUCCACCGCUACAGUGACCGCCAUGAAUGCAAUUUCGACUACCGCGAGAUGGGCGCUAGCGAAAUUCGUCGCGACAAUCCCGUCAUCGUCGCCAGCAAGCUACGGAAGCUCUGAACGUCUGAACUGCCCGACCGGAACAACGACCCAAUCCUGAUUCCACAUACGGGUUGUUUCUGUUUAUAUUUUAUACACACCUCUUCGCGGCACUGUUAACGCCAAUUAUAUUGCAUAUGUCCAGUCGGAUGUAGCCGGAAAAACGACACGUAUAACC